AUGGCAGUUGCUUCAAGGAAUCUCAAUAACGCUGAAGACGACGAUCUCGAUGUCGACCAGACAGCUCAAUCUAUACAAGAUCAGCUCCAACAAUACAAGUUGACAACAUUUGACGCUGCUCGAUUUGCUGGUUUCACGAACGACAAUGACUCAGUGCUCAACCACGUCCAAAAAGGCUAUCAACAAGCAGCAGAUAUCGCCAUCGACUUGGAACAACUUGGUGAAUCUGAAGAGGCACAAAAGCUGUUAGAGAGUGUUACUGUUUGCAUUGACGCCGAGCAUGAGCUUGCGACACAAAAGAUGAUCUUUCAACAAUUAGCCAACCGUAUUCAUCGAGGCGAGGCGAUUAAUGAUCCAGUGGCUGCCUACAAUCAAUCCCUACAACGUGAACAAGCCAAAUAUCGUGCCAUGUCUGCCAAAAAGAAGUAUUACACUAACAGAAAGUUCGAGGACUUCCGUCAAGCUAUUUGGGAUGUAAACCAUGGAACGGAUGAACCAAUGCCUCCCUAUGUUGCACCUGGCGAAGUUGAAACUGCUGAUGAUGAUGACGAUUUACUGGUGUCUCAGGGCCGACGCUCUAUGAAAUGUCCUUUGACCGGUACCUGGCUUGAUGAUCCUGUGACAAGCAAAUUAUGUGGACAUAGUUUCAGCAGGGAUGCAAUCAUGGGAUUAUUAAGAAGAAGCCGCGGGCGUGUCGAGUGUCCAAUGACAGGAUGUCGCAAGGUUCUGGAACAAAAUGCACUUUACGACGAUACCAUGUUAGAACGUAGUGUGGAAAGAGCCAUGGAGGAAGAGCGGUUGCGUACCGAACAAACAGAGUUCUUUGACGUAGAAUGA